AAAAUCACAAUGAAGCUUUUUGCGCUACUUUUAUUAAUAACUAUUGUGGUAGUGGAAAGUAACCACAUGUUUUGCGGCACAAGUGUCAUGAGGCCUUUGGUGCAUCACAGCGAGGCCGAAUAUUCGUGGAUAAUAUUAAAAAAACGAGUGGAAGAAAUGUAUUACAAAUUGCCUGUCGUGCCCGGCGAAAUGCGUACCAUUCAGGGCAUCUUGGCGUACGAUAAGACACACACAACUGCAUCUGCGAACAUCACGCAAGGAGGCUUGGGAUACGACUUCGUUAAAAUAAGGAUGAAGAGCGAAAGAGGAGGGAAACUUCACUAUGACAUCUACAUCUACGCUUGA